CUUUUCCAGCAUAAAUACUCACCUUGUCAGGACCAGAGCUUUGGUCCCCAUGAGGCAAAACUUCAUUUCUGAGGUCCUGGUUCGGGUUAGAGGUUAGAUGAGAGUUGUGGUUGGAGUUAGGCGCGUGUGUGUGUUUGUGUGUCUGUGUGUCUGUGUGUGUGUGUGUGUGUGUGUGUCAGGGGAGCGACAGAAAGGGGCGUGGAUGCGAAUCAACUCCAAGAAGUAAAAGCAGCCGGACGUCCUCCUCCUCAUCUGGAGCCGCAGCCGCAGCACUGAGCCGAAGUUCGAGUCCCUCCCGGUGUUCAGUAGUUCGGGUGAAGCAUCCUCUCUCUCCCCCCCCCACUGUGAGAGCCAUGGAAGACGACGCGUCCCACGCCGAGCCCAGCAGCUUGUCGGGCAGCACCCACACCAUCCCGCCGCCGCUCGAGCGCCCGGAGCUCCUCAUCCCGAGCUUCAGCCCGUCCUCCGCGCCGUCCUCCCCGACCCCGACGGGCACCCUGUCCCGGCUCGGCUUCAGGGCUCCCACCAGCCCGACCUCGGUGGCGCCGGGCAGCCCCGUGGCCGCCGGCCAGGUGAGCGCCAUCACCGUGGUGGCGCUGCUGGACAAGCUGGUCAACAUGCUGGAGGCGGUGCAGGACAACCAGCAGCGCAUGGAGCUGCGGCAGGCCGACCUGGAGGGCGCCGUGCGGGUGGUGCAGGGCGACGUGAGCCGCCUCACCAAGACCCACGUCAGCACCUCCAACUGCGUCAGCAAGCUGCUGGAGCGCUCCCGCAAAGUCAGCGGCCACCUGAAGGACGUGAAGGAGCGCAUGGACAAGCAGGCGGUGCAGGUGAAGAAGCUGGAGGCCAACCACAACCACCUGCUGAAGAGGAACCACUUUAAAGUGAUCAUCUUCCAGGAAGACAAUGAGAUCCCCUCCAGUGUGUAUGUCAAGGACUCCCUCAGGACCCCACUGCCAAGCCAGUAUGACGCAGAAUCCACCAUGGUUACUCCAUCUAUCGCAGGCUCGGUUGAAUGCAGCCGUGCCCAAGACGAGGGUCUCCAGACCAUUAGCCUGUCCUCUGAUGACGAUGAUGUUCUCAAAGCACUGCAGGAGGAGUCCGAUAUGCUGGCGGCUGAAGCUGAAAUGGGUCUGGGCACUUCCCGCCCACUUGAGAGAAGAGCCGACAAAUUCAAGCGCAACAGCCUGAAGAAGGUCGAUAGCAUCAAGAAGGCCUUUACGCGCGAGAGCUUUGAGAAGAAGAUGAACCAGAUCACCACCAAGAUUGUGCCCCCAGAGAAGCGUGAGAAACUCAGGAAGAGUCUCACCCCCAACCACCCCAAGAGCCCAACUGCCAAGUCCUCCUCAUUUAAGGUGUCUCCCAUGACCUUCAAUGUAAAGAAGGUCAGGGAUGGGGAGACCCCCACGCAAGACAUAGGUUCACCUGGGGAAGAAGACCAUGUGGAGAUUCCUCAUCUAGGAAACAUGGAUGGUGACAUUCCCUUGGCGGAGGUUCAUACCCAUGAAGACGUUGUGGAGAUAAAUCAGGAAAUGCUGAGUCCCUCCACCCCAGACAGCAUGAAGGCAGAGCUGGCAAUCAACGGCAAAGCACCGAGCAUUGAGUGUGAGAUCAAUGGUGAUCACGCUGCUGGCCUGGCAGUACCAGAACAGGAUGAAGAUGUUGGCGUGGAAGAAGAUGAUGAGGAGGGAGAAGAAGAGGAGAAGCACAAAACCCCUGUAGAAACAGCAGCCGAUGCCCAGAUUCCCACAGCAUCAGCUGCUGUGGAGCAAGCAACUUAAUAUGAUUUGAUUUUGUUGAGCAUCACUUCUAAUUUCACUUUUUUUCACUUCUAAGUUUCUACAUUUGAUCCCCAUCAGGCUCAAAUGAUCCCUCCAUUAUAAACACUCAGUUCCCAAACAAACUCCAAACAUAAUCAUAGGUUCCUGAGUUACUCCAUCCUUGGGCCUUCUUACUACUCUAUCACCAGCAUAGUCUAAAAAUGUUGACGCCUCGGUCAACAUCAAACCUCACAGUGCACAUCACCAAUCUCCUAUUUCAACCAACACGGUGCCGCUACCUUUACUAGAACCGGUUCUACAAAUGUCUACCAAAAAAGGUACAACAAUUUGACCCACUGACUCUGGAACAGCAGCAACAGGGAGAUCAGCUUUCCGAAACCUUCUAAUGAAAAAUGUAAUGACUUUAAGAAUCCAUUUAGUUUUUAAAAAGCAAGCGAAAUCAGUUGCUUUAUGUCAGCCUCAACUUAUUUCCAAUGAAAUGGAAAUAACUUACGCUUUGUAACAUUCUUCUUGAUUUCUCGGUUAUUUGUGGUUUGCAAAUGAUGACUUGGUGCAUCAUCGCCUACAGCUGGUAUGAAGUGUGAACUAUUUAACAUUCGGAUCUCAGACCUGUUGAAAUGUGAGCUCUGCGCCAGCAUCGCCCUGGUGGAAAACAGGUACAAGACGGCUUCUUAAACUCUUGCGCUUGGUUGCCCAAGAAAAGCAACAUGCACCAUAACUCACCCUCAUCAACGGGUGCCCACCCCUCCGGCAGCAGCACAUCGCCAGGGUGGUGAGCCAACCAUCUCCCUCCUGCUGUGCGUGCCUGUGUCUGGACACCCCCCCACCCCCUGCCUCACUGACAAACGGUCUUUUGUUCUUUGCGGUUCUCGUGAAAUAUAGUAGAUCUCCGGCAACAGCGGUGCUGCCCACAGCCUACUGAGGCGGUGCGUUGCCAGGUUGUGCACGAUUUGGAAUGGGCAGUUUGUAGGUUUUCAGUGAGAAUGUUGCGGGGUGUUUUGUAGUGGACUGGAGACUGUUUACAGAAUUUCUUUGGACCUGUACUGAAAAGCUUCACUAACAGGUGAAGGUCUUGAAUCUCGUCAUCUGUCCUUCUUCUUUAUAAGUGUUAGUCCGACCCGAUCGUUGAUGACCUAACUACAGUGCCUAAUGAGUUGCAUGAGGAACCUAAAAAUAUCAUAGUAAUUGGUGUUUGCCAAUUGCCAAUUAACCUUUUUAAUAGCCGAGGAGUAGAAAUAGCAUAGAAUUGUUUGAAAUAGUAAUAAGAGAAAUAUAUAUUUGAGUCCCAUUGAUGAAGGACAACACUGCAGCACGGAAGCUGCUCUAGAUUGAGAGACAAAUAUAUGACUGGCACAAAUAACCCAUAGGUUUUAAUACUGACAUGUGUGAAAUGUCAACUCUACAGCCCUUGGUCUUUUCUACAGGGCAUCUAUGUAUGAUUAUGUACAGGAAAUAUUUUCUACACGAGGCACACUACUCUUUAGGUAUUUACCGCUUAUAUAACAUAACGUAUGAACUUUAACUGCCUUGAGUAUGUGUUCUUAAACAGUAAAUGUAUCUGUAAAGUUUUUUGGAGUUAUUAUAUGAUACUAGGGUGUAAUGAGUCAUAUUUUACUUUCAGGCAUCCAUUACAUGCAUUGGGGGAAUGUUAGCUCAGUUUCAUAUGUUUAACACUAUCUUAUAAACAUUUGCAUUCACUCCGACACUCCUUAAAUGCCUUUACCUUGCACAAGCUGGUAUGAGGAGUUGCUCUCCUCAUGGAAUAGAUUCCUAUGUUUUCUUGUAGAUAAGAGUGAUUGUAAAGCAUUCCUGAUUUUUAAUCUCUGCUCUGAGGAAUUCUUUGCAGCUUUAACUUUACGGAGCAUAUUCAAGCUUUGAUUACAAACUGCAAAAAGAGAGGAUUUAAGUUUCAAGGAGGUGCAAAUACAUUUGUCACAAUCAGCCUCGUGUUUGGAAGUUGUACCUGCAAGUUUCUAUAAAGUGACCUUCCUCUUGUUGCACAUAGUUAACGCUUUACAUGCCUUAGUUAUAGAUUUCUAAUGUUUAAUGACUCCCUAAGAAUAGUUUGGCGAGUGAUACCAGGGGCCAAGGAAACUUGUCUUUGUGUUACACUAUAGAAUUGAAAUUAUAGGAACCAAAUGCUGGCACUACAGGAUUGGAGAACCUCUAUUUCAGUUACACCACUACGGCCCACAUCCAUUAUUCUGCUUCUAAAUUAGACAGAGCAGAAAUUAAUCUGCUUACAUCUAAAUUAUGCAAGAAAAUCACAUUAUUGCCGUCUGAUAGAGACAUGUAUGGUGCAUUUGAUAUAGAUAUAUAUAUAUAUAUAUAUUUUAACACUAUUUGACAAAGUAAUACACUCAAAGCCUUUCAGAUGCUUCACGUUAUAAAAGUUUACCAAUCUGCUAUUUGGAUAUGAUAGGUAAACAACUUGUUACCUAUGUACUCAGUAAGUCUGAGGAUUCUUUCUUUUUAAUUCUUCUUUUGUAUAAAUCACUCAACUAAAAUAAAGAAACAUUAGGCUUACGUGUACAUUCUGUUUAAUGCAGAGGUUAAAAUGUGACCGGCUCUGAUGUAUUUCUGCUAAUCCAUGUAAAAGUGUGUUAAUUUGGUGAUAUCUCUGUCUGCUGUUAUUAAAAGAAUAUAUCUAGAAAUUAUUAUCUAGACACGUGUGUGUAAAUGUCUGUUUUUUUUCCCUUUUGUCUUCAAAUCACUGUUAAAUCUGGAUUAUAUGUGAGGACCACUGUUUGCUGGGAAAGCUCUGACAUGAGAUACCUACAGCAGAGGUAGUGAUGUUUAAUAUCAUCUUUGUUUGGAGUUUUAAGCCUGUUAAUCUAGUCGCCCACUUAAAACCAAAGAAGUUUCCCUCACAGCCACUCGAGUGUUUCAAUGUACACCUGCUCACACUUGUCUCGUAAACAUGCAGGGAUUUCCCUUCAAAGUAGUAUUGUAUACAUCAAUAAAAACUUUAUAACAUUCA